AUGGCCGAUUUCUUCGCAAAACGAGCAAAGCCAACGAAUGUGGAGUCACGGGAUGUCGAGAUGGAGGGACCACCCGUGCCAAGCACCGUGCCCUGGGUUGAGAAAUAUCGCCCGAGGAAAGUCGACGACAUUUGUUUCCAAGAAGAGAUCGUUCAUGUGAUGAAAAAAGUGCUCGUCGGUGGAGAUUUACCCCACAUGCUCUUCUUUGGACCUCCCGGAACUGGAAAAACUUCAUCGGCUGUCGCGUUGGCAAGAGAGCUUUUUGGGAAGCACUAUAAAGACAGAGUGCUCGAGCUGAACGCUUCGGAUGAACGUGGUAUUCAAGUAGUACGCACUCGAAUCAAGGACUUCGCCAGGCGUGCUUUGCCUCAAAAUCAGCUUGUUAAUGAAGGACAGUCAAAAUGUUCUGAUUUAAAGAUUGUAAUUCUUGACGAGGCUGACGCCAUGACAAGCGCCGCUCAAUCGGCAAUGAGGCGAAUCAUGGAAAAGCACAGCAGAACGACUAGAUUCUUCCUGAUUUGCAAUUACGUCUCGAGGAUCAUCACUCCAAUCAUUUCGCGAUGUGCCAAAUUCCGCUUCAAGCCUUUGCCGGUUGAGAGUCAAUUUAACAGACUGAACUCAAUUUGUCAACAAGAGGGAAUCAGCUUCGAUAAGGAGGCACUUGUGAAAUUGAUCGAAGUUUGCGAGGGAGAUUUGCGCAAAUCGAUCACCAGUUUACAGGCUGUUGCUCGUGGAUGCCAUCACAUCAACAACGAUGUUGUGCAAAGUAUGACUGGGAAAAUCCCCGAGGAACAAGUCGAAUAUCUUUUGACGGCUUGUCGACAACCGCACUUUGGCGAUAUGCUGCAAGCAGUUGAACAUAUGCGUCGCCAAGCCUACACGAACACACAACUCUUGGCGCAAUUGAUGGAUGCGGUGUUGGCUGAUGAGGUGCUAAACGAUGUGCAAAAAGCGGAGAUUCUCGAAAAGAUGGCUAUUGCUGAGGGACGAGUUGCGGAUCGAGCCGACGGAUGUCUCAAUAUUCAGGAUAUCACGGCGACAAUUCAACGUCACUACACUUCACUUAUGGUU